GAGGGCAAGGAGGGGCUCUUUCUCUUCUUCCCCAGCUGAGGGACAAUGGGCAGACCCUCACACAUCCCACGACUCCUGCUGGCCAUUCUGGUGACCCUGGUGACCCUCACCUACCAAGUAAGAAGGAAAACCUUUAUAAGCGUCGAAGAAGUACCUGUGUCAGAGCCCUAUGUGAUAGCCACCAUGCAGUUUGUGAUCAAUGACUUCAACAAGAAGAGUGAUGACAAGUACAAUUUCCGGAUUGUGCGGGUCCUGAAGGUCCAGAAGCAGGUUACUGACCACAUGGAGUAUCAUGUGAACAUGGAGAUGCGGCGGACCACCUGUGAAAAACUAGAAAUUACUAACUGCACAUUUCAGGAAGGGGAACUUUAUAAGCAAAUUGAGUGCUUCUACUCAGUGUUUGUUGUUCCCUGGUUUGAAAAGUACAAAAUUCUGAACAAAACCUGCACCGAUGGCUAGGUGUCCUGAAGUACACACCACCAAUAACUACACAUUAAAAUAUCAUGCAAUAAGCAGUAAUUCCCAAUAUAGAAAAUAAAUGUUUGUCAAACUAUUAACUCAA